GCCCGUUGCUGCGCCUGCCUUUGUGCCCGGAGCGUGUUCUCCCACCUCCUAGGUCUGCCACCCCCACAGUCUCCGCCAUGGGUCUGGAACUCUACCUGGACCUGAUAUCCCAGCCCUGCCGUGCGGUCUACAUCUUCGCCAAGAAGAACGGCAUCCCCUUCCAAUUGCACACCGUGGAGCUGUUCAAAGGCCAACACCAUACUGAUGCCUUUGUCAAGAUAAACCCCCUAAAGAAGGUGCCAGCCUUGAAGGAUGGGGACUUCACUUUGGCUGAGAGUGUGGCCAUCCUGCUAUAUUUGAGUCGCAAGUACAAGGCCCCAGACCACUGGUACCCUGAGGACCUACAGGCUCGAGCCCGUGUGGAUGAGUACCUGUCCUGGCAGCACACAACCCUGAGAAGUUGUUGCACCAGGGCCAUGUGGCAGAAGGUGAGUUAUGAAGGCAAAUGGGCAGGGACACCCCCCCCCCCUGAGAUGUUGGCAGCCACUUUGGGUGAACUGGACAGAUGCCUUCAGAUGCUGGAAGACAAGUUCCUGAGGGACCAGGCUUUUCUUACAGGACCCCAUAUCUCAGUGGCUGACUUGUUGGCCAUCACAGAGAUGAUGCAUUCUGUCAGUGCUGGUUGCAAAAUCUUUGAGAGCCGACCCAAACUGGCUGCAUGGCGACAGCGUGUGGAAGCUGCAGUGGGAGAGGACCUCUUCCGGGAGGCCCAUGCAGUUGUCCUGAAGGCCAAGGAUUUGCCUCCAGUGGUGGACCCCGCCUUGAAAGAGCAACUGAAACUCUCACUACAGUGUUUGCUGUACUGAGGGAGUAGCCUGAAUCUGUGGUGCCCCCAAGGGAAGUACUGGGUUGAGUAAGACACGUGGCUUACUUUUUGAGUGUCACUGUGACAUGUCCAUGGAGUCUCUGGUCCAGUUUCCUGCAGGCAUCACCAGCAUUCCUUCUGUAUCUGCACCCCACUGUGCUGUACAUUCACCUCUCACUUGACCUCUAGAGAAAGCUAGAGGUACAUACCUGGCAAACACUUGGCCCUAUCCUUCUUUUGAAAGUUUCCAUGGCUCCUCUGUGCCCUAUAUUAAAGUACAAGCCAUUGAAGUUGAAAGUGAAGACCUUGCCCCAGUCCUCCAAGCCACGCCCUUCUUUCUACACUCAUGUCAGCUCUCUUCUGCUCUCACCUUGGCCUCCUGUUCCUUCACCUUUGGCAAUUAGCAUUAUGUCACCCCUCUUGGCUCCUCAGCCCCAGUGCUUCCUUCCCUCAGUCUUGGCAGACAGCAGGAUUUAUACCCCCCCAACCCCUCCCCAGGUUGAGCUGUGUGACAGAUGAGGGUCGUCUGGUGAAGGGAUGUGUAAUAAGGAAUAGCCUUUGUCCCGAGUCUCUGGCCUCUGAAGCAACCAUCUGCCACAGGCUGGGUGCAGGGCUGGUUCAUGAACCUCCUUGUAGGGAGGGAAGUUCCUGGUUAUAUCUCGAGUCUUCAGGUUCCAUUAAGCCACCUUGCUACCACAAGCCUAAUUCUAACUCCAACUGCUGUCUUCUCCAUGCCAUACUCUGAGUCCAAACUAUCAACCUACUUAAUCUUAUGCCAUAAGCCCUCUGUUAUAUGAGUUAUCUAAUAAAUAAACUGCUAACAGAACAAGGGU